AUGUCCAUUUCUAAGUUGGUUGAGGAAUUCUGUCAAAACUCCGAUCAUGACUCACUUGCUGUGCCAAUAUUUCGAGUCAGGCUUGCACUUGAUCAUAUUCAACAUAUUUUUGAACGGUUGACUCAUAUUAUGAGGUCAGAGAACAGAUUACUCGAACCCAAAUCGAAUCGGUAUCACGCAAAUUAUCAAGUGAGACAAGUUCCAACAACGAGUGUCCAGUUUUUGCGGUUGGAACAAGAUCUAUACACAUCGGUGGAUGCUGCUCAAAAUGUCAGAAAAACAAUGAAAUUCCUUAACUACGAUGUGAAAUCAGCAGCUUAUCAUUCAAAGCAAAUAGAACGUCUUCAAAAGGUCAUGAAUCAAAAUUGGAGACAAGAAAAUGAUUAUUUAGAAUCGGAAAUGGUUGUAUUCUCAAAUUUCACACGUCUCAUCCUCCAAGACAAAAGAAUUGUUGAUGAAAUGGAAAAUAAAGUAAAGGAGCUCGAAAUAGAAUUUAAAAAACUGUUCGAACUGUUAGAGCCACGGAUAUGGCAGAUGGCAAAUGAGGAUAAGGAAUGUGAUGUUGAUGAUAUUAUUCAGAAUUCAAGAAUGCAAUACAAUACAUUAGUUGCAAAAUCGAAGACUGUUAUGAUACUCACAGAGAGAAUCCAAUCUCUUUUUGGAGCUGCAAUGCGGCUCAAAGUCGUGAAGCUCAUGGAGCCACAAAUUAAGAAAAGCGAAGGUUAUGACUUUUUAAAUGCUCUGCCAGUAAUGCUGGAGAAACAACAAAGAUGUAGAAUCCUGACAUCGCCUUUGCCAAGGUAUACAUAUCGGAGCACUAUCUAA